AAAAAAAUAGCGAGUGAAGUGCAGUGCGGAAGAAAACAGAAGAUUAUGGAAAAUUGAGCAUAAUAAUCGUGUGUAAAUUUAUCAAUUUUGGAAAAUCACCAAAGAAAAUUGUCUGCAAUAGAAAACAAGAAUGCUUUGACGGGAGCAAACGUGAAGGCUUAGAAAUAUUUCAAUAAAGUGUUUAAAAAAACACAUAAUAAGAUAGAAGGAAAAAAUUUACGAAAGAGAAACGUAAUUAGCAAAAAGUUACAACUACAAAAAGUACAAAUUGAAUUAUUCGUCAUCAUCAAUAAUUUUCUUAAAAAAAAAAACGAUAAAUAAUUAUAUAUACGCAUUUGUUAAUCAGGCUUUAUACAUUAUAAUAUAUUGUGGUUAUCAGUUGUGGUGGUUUAAAAUCAAAAAGGCCAAGGUAUCACCAAAUGUACUUGCAAAAAACAACAAAGGAAUAAAUCAUUAAAUCAACACGGCCGCAGAUUCUAUACUGUAAAACGUAAUUACACACAGUACAGCGUUUACACGCAAAGGAAAUAAUUUACAUUCAUAAUAGGUGCUGAAUACAAUAGGGGAUCCAAAGAUGUCGUCCGCACCUUACAACUACAACUAUAUCUUUAAGUAUAUAAUCAUCGGUGAUAUGGGUGUAGGAAAGUCAUGCUUGCUGCAUCAGUUCACAGAGAAGAAAUUCAUGGCAAAUUGUCCACACACAAUUGGCGUAGAGUUCGGCACACGUAUCAUCGAGGUAGACGAUAAAAAAAUCAAAUUGCAAAUUUGGGACACAGCAGGACAGGAACGUUUUCGCGCCGUGACACGUUCAUAUUACCGUGGUGCUGCUGGUGCCCUUAUGGUUUAUGACAUUACCAGAAGAUCCACUUAUAAUCAUCUCAGCAGUUGGCUAACUGAUACACGUAAUCUCACAAAUCCCAAUACUGUGAUCUUUUUAAUUGGCAAUAAAUCAGAUCUUGAAAGUACACGCGAAGUGACCUAUGAAGAGGCCAAAGAGUUUGCCGAUGAAAAUGGUUUAAUGUUUUUGGAAGCGAGCGCUAUGAGUGGUCAAAAUGUUGAAGAAGCUUUUCUCGAAACUGCACGUAAAAUAUAUCAAAAUAUACAAGAAGGUCGUCUGGAUUUGAAUGCUUCGGAAUCGGGCGUACAACAUCGACCUUCACAACCGGGUCGAACUUCGCUAACAAACGAAGCACCAAAUACGAAAGAUCAAUGCUCAUGUUAAAUACGUAUUUUUUUUUUUUGUUCUCUCCAUAUGCACGUUGUAAUUUUUUUCAAUUUUUAUGUAUGUAUGUAUCAUAAAAUAAUUUUCUUCCCUCCUCCGUUUUAAUAAUAAGUUUAAUUAUAACGAUAAAAAAUGAUAUGUAAAUUCAUACAAGUUGCUAUUAACUAAGUAAAAGAAAAAUGCAUAUACUUAUAUAUUAAAGUGAUAAUUAUUGUAAAAUAUAUACAAUACAUUUACGUUUAAAAAUUAAAAAAAAAAGAAAAUAAACGUAAUAUCGGACAAAUUGUAACGAAGUAUGUGCAGAAUUUCCUGCAAAUUUGCAAUGCACGCAAUGAGAAAAUAAGUAAUUGUUUAAAAUAAAAGAAAGAUAUUAACACGUAUUUACGCGUCAUAAGCAACUCCAUCAAUUUCAAUAAACAUUGAUACAUAUAUAUGUGUAUAAGUUUAGGCAUCUAUUUGAAAUUCAAAUAAUUAUAUAUGGACAUAUUACGGAUUCCUUUCGAGUAUAUGUAUGGCGCAGUAUAUUUGAUAUUUUCACAAUCGUUAUAUAUAUAUAUAUAUAUGUAUACUAUAUGCAUAUUUAAGGAAAACAUAAUGUUUGUAAGGUAAUCCAGUAAAAUGUAGCAUGGAAAUGUAACGUAGGUGUAAAAAUUGUCUGUAACUUUUAGCCAAAUGAGUUAGUAAAUUAAAAAUAGUGAAAUUGUACAAGUAAAAAUUCAAAUUAUUUAUUGAUUACACAGUCAAGUUUAUUUUAUUUUUUUUUUUUUUCUAAUUUUUGGCACAAUUCUCGAAAGCAUUUGAAAACAUGAUCAUGGGUUUAAAAGAUUCACAAAAUGGUAAAUGUGUUCUUCUAACAAAAUUGAAAACAAAUUACUUGCAUUUUUUAGAAAAUAAUUAAUAUGAACUAUUCAACGAAUAUGAAAUUAAAUUUAAAAAAUUUUUCAAAACUCUUCAGAUUAUCCACCUUCAAUGAUCCGCCCAAAAACAGCAUCCUACCUCUUUUUUUUCAAAUUAUCGACACGUGAAAGUAAAUUCGGUGAAAAUGUAGUAUCUGAUAUCAAACAAAAAGAUUAGAUAUUUUUCAUGUUGUUGUUGUAGCGGUAAAUACUUUUCACCUAAACUAUUAAAAUUUCUAAAUAUGGCUAAAACCUACUAUGUUUUUUUGAGCAAUAGCAUAAAGCUUGAAUUUUUAAAAUUUAUCAAAUUGUUUUUUUUUUUGAUUUUUCUCAUUUACUUUUAUUUUUAUAAUGACUUUUUUUGUCCCCCAGUAUUAGUAAACACUAUCCUCAAAUAUUUUACGUCUCAAUAUUACACUGAAAUAUACAUAAAUAAAAACUGGCUAUUUAAAA